AUGUCUGAAACGUCCGAUCUCGAAGAAAAAGUCAAUAAAAUAGUGCAAGAGGUAGAAGCUGAAGAAAGAAGUAGAUCUUUAUCCAGGCCUCUUGAGCUACCAGUAAACUUCAUGAAAAUCAAUGGUAUAAUUCUUCCGAUACUGUGAGCACCAAGCUCGGUACAUCAGAAAGAGCGGUGGACGAUCUCACAAUCUACAGAUAUCGUUCCAAAUUUGUUCGUUUUUGGUUCCGAAAUAGAAAAGAGUACUGGAGAAACAGUUUCGGAUUGGGAAAUGCAGACAAUUGAUCACAAAGAUGACUAUGAAGUAUUACGAAAAAAUCCUGCAAUAAAGAAGAACUUGGCGUCUCCCAUUAUCCACCCCCAAAGCCUCUCCACUCCCAUUCGUUCUCCCUCACCUCCAAACCUCUACUACCAAAUUCCCUCUCCCCACUCCAAUCCCACUUGCUCCUCUAAGCUGCCACCCAGUAACAAAUCUGGAAGCCCAGAGGUUCCAAUAAAGAACUUCCCGCACAAGAUCCUGUACUUGGGUGCUGAAGAUUCUAAGUUAAGAAGAAAACGAGUGAUAAAGUGAGGUUAUAAGGGUUGAGACAAAGUGUUUGAUAGGAGCUGGAAUUUUAGAGAUCACGCCAGAAUGCAUUUAGGCAUCCAGCCUUACAAAUGCCCGGUGUGAAGGUCUACGUUUACUCAGAAAGGAAACUGACUUCGUCAUAUCAGAACACACCACUCGAAAUUGAUUUCUUCCCGAUCGAAAAGUACAACGUACCAAAAUAACACAUUUCAAAGCUCUUCAUCUCCGGCCAGAAUCACUGAAUAAAACAGCAAAUAUUUAUCUUUGUAGGCUCUAAUUCUCGAUUUUAGAAUCCCAAUAGAAUAUUUAAAUCUCU